AUGGAGGCGUAUAUGCCAAAAAAUAACCCGGUAAGCGUUAAGGAAGCUUGGUCUAAAACCCGGGCUAACAUCGAAGCGUUAAGAUACAGAUGGCAAGAUUCCCUAGAAGAGAAGACAGAGUUCCAAAAGGCUAUGCAAUCCCUACUAAAAUGGGAAGAGAUCACUAGCAUAAACAAAAGACAGUAUCCACCACGGGCUCAAAGGAAAAAGAGAGAGGCACCCAUCCCACCAGAAAAACACGUUAGAAGAGGGAAGAAAGGAAAACAGAAGGCUGUGGCAGAGUCAACAGACGCCACAGAACAGCAGGAAGUGGGGGGGUGGAGGGAGAUGAAGGAUGGCUGA